AUGCGGCUGGCCGGCGGCGCCGGCUCCCCUCGGGCUGUGCCCUCGCCCGGGAAUGGCAGCCGCUGGCGGGCGGCGGAGCCCGGCGGCGACAGCAGCCCCAGUCCCGAGGCGUGGUCGGGGUCGCCGAACGGCAGCCUGGGCGGCUGGGACCCCUUCGGGCGGGACGAGGAGCUGGCCAAGCUGGAGAUCGCGGUGCUGGCCGUCACCUUCGCGGUGGCGGUGGUGGGGAACGGCAGCGUGCUGCUGGCCCUGCGGCGCACGCCGCGCAAGGCGUCCCGCAUGCACCUCUUCAUCCGCCACCUCAGCCUGGCCGACCUGGUGGUAGCCUUCUUCCAGGUGCUGCCCCAGCUCUGCUGGGAGGUCACCCACCGCUUCCACGGCCCCGACGGGCUCUGCCGCGUCGUCAAGCACCUGCAGGUCUUCGGCAUGUUCGCCUCGGCGUACAUGCUGGUGGCCAUGACCGCCGACCGCUACAUCGCCGUCUGCCACCCGCUGAAGACGCUGCAGCAGCCCACCAAGCGCUCGUACGGGAUGAUCGCGGCGGCCUGGGCUCUCAGCCUGCUGCUCAGCACCCCGCAGUACUUCAUCUUCUCGCUCAGCGAAGUGGAGCGCGGCUCGCAGGUCUACGACUGCUGGGCUCACUUCAUCAUGCCCUGGGGGCCCCGCGCCUACAUCACCUGGAUCACCGGUGGCAUCUUCAUCGCGCCUGUGCUCAUCCUCAUCAUCUGCUACGGCUUCAUCUGCUACCGCAUCUGGCGCAACGUGCGGGGCAAGACGCGCCCGGGGGAGGCGGCAGCAGCGCGGGGCGGGCGGCGGGCGGGCGAUGAUGGUGGCCCGCGACGGGGGCUGCUGCUCGCCCCUUGUGUCAGCAACGUCAAAACCAUCUCCCGCGCCAAGAUCCGCACCGUCAAGAUGACCUUCGUGAUCGUCUCGGUGUACGUCGUUUGCUGGGCGCCCUUCUUCACCAUCCAGAUGUGGUCCGUCUGGGACCAGCGCUUCCCCUGGGUCGAUUCUGAAAACACUGCGACAACUGUUACAGCUCUGCUGGCCAGCCUGAACAGUUGCUGUAACCCGUGGAUCUACAUGUUCUUCAGUGGACACCUCCUCCAAGACUGCCUACAGAGCUUCCCUUGCUGCCAAAAAAUAAAGCAAACGCUGAGUAAAGAAGAUUCAAACAGCAAUAGCAGGCGACAGACUUCUUUCACCAACAACAGAAGCCCAACCCACAGCCUAAACACAUGGAGAGAGAUGCCCCACUCCAAGUCGACCAGCUUCAUCCCCAUUCCAACAUGAGACAGGCCUCAGGGCAGGCAGGGCUUGCAGUCCUGUCACAGUGUUUGGGAAGCUCGUGGCACUUUAUUUCAGUCCAGGGCACCAUCAUAUUACCAAGGAAUGACUAAGAUGGCCAUGAGACAAAAAGUGCCACCUUGCUUGAUAAGCUAUGCUGCAGCAUGUAAAUUAUUUUCUGAAAGUUAUUUAGGAUUUGAGCAACUGAUCAGGAAGGUGUGGCAACAAUAAAGCAAUUAUUUUUUUAAAAUAGAAUUUAUUUUAAUUUUUUGUCUGUUUCUGAAAUACUAAGUGCAUUGUUUGCUUGCUGUUUAAAACAGUAAAAAUAAUGGAGUUGUCUUGUAUUGGGGUAACUCCACUCUCUAAUGUUAAUGCAUAAAACUUCUCAUGAUUGUCUGAUGAAGUCACGGGGAAAGGAGACAGUAUGAGCAAGAUUACAGUUUAGUCUUAAACAUUAAAAGAAAUGAGUUGUGAAAAAAGUCUUGGCUGUCCAGAUAGGGAAUGGGGUUAGACAGACUCUGAGUUGUUGGAAUUCAGUUGCUCAUCAUGCUUCAUCUUGUGAAAGUCUAGCAGUUCUCAGACACUGAAAUUUAACAGCCCUUGUGAAAGCAAAUCUUUUAGUGCUGUUGAUAUCUGUACGUGUUGGGGGGUUUCAUUUUUAGGGGGACAUUUCCUUUUCCCUUCCUGUUGAUGGAAAUUAUACAGUAUAUGUGUGUGUGUGUCUUGUUGCACCUACUUCAAUUUUUUAAAAUAACUUUAAAAAUAUAUUGAUAAAUAAGUAUGAUAUUCUAUGACUAGCUCAGCACCAUUACAAACAGUUGCACCAGGAAAGCUCAAAAUGAAUACCAGAACCACUUGCUUUAUUGGUAGGAGUGCCAUCUUUUUAAAAAUUUUUUUUUUUAAUUUACUAAGACAUCUAGGAUCAAGCUACAUUGCUUGGUUGUCAAGCAAAUAGUCUCAUGAAUUCAGGAGAGUGUAGUCAUUUCAUAAGAACUGUAGAAGUAUUUGAAGACGUAGAGAAUCAAACUUACAACUCUUCUGGGAGCAUACAAAAAUUGUCAAUGUUGUUGGCUUGUCUUUUUAUAUUAUUAUUUUUAUUACCAGCUCCUGACAAUAUAGUCUUAAAAAUUGUCUGUAAACUACAAUAAAAAGUCAUCAUAACACCUUUGCUAAUUACAAA